AUGGCCACAAUCGAAGAACGAGAGAAGAGACCCUUUCUAGCCGGUGAGGAAGGCGAAGCUGAUUCGGAAGCUCUUGCUGGCUCCCGACAUGAAAAUGGCAUGGAUUCGCAAUCUCGCUUUCUCAAGACCUAUCGCCUUCUUUUCUUCCUACAAACGGUCUUCCUCGCUGGGAACCUCGCUUUUCUGGGCUGGAAUAUAAGUUGUGCGAAUAAAGGCCAGGUCAGCCAUGGCAAUGGCAUGGGCCUCCAAGUAUAUACACCAGCACAGUCCGCUCUCCAGUAUACAAUCCAAGAGAUGGCCUCCGCACCGCCCGGUAACCCCUUCGCCGGAGAACCUAGUCCUGAAAUCGACCGCGCCUGGUCAGAUUUGCUCAGAGGUGGCAUGGUCAAGAUAUCCGAAGACGAGCUCCGGAAAAUGAACAAAACGUCAAUCGAAUUAAAGGACGGCAGUGGGUACUUGGGAUAUCUGGAGACGAUCCACAUGCUGCACUGUGUGAAACGGAUCUAUCAAUACCAAUAUCCAGACUACUAUGCAGGACUUGAAGACUUGCACGCCUUUGAGCCGGGCCAUUGGGACCACUGCCUUGAAGUCCUCCGUCAAGGAAUAUUAUGCAACGCCGACAUCACGGUCAACACGUACUAUUGGAAAAGCGCGACAGAGAUACACGGCAAUAGAACGGGGACGCGGAAAUGCACGAACUGGGAGCGGAUUCAAGAAUGGGCGAUUGACAGGGCGGUUGAAUUUGAUGGGCCGGAUUCGUUUCUGGAUAGUUUGGUGAGGGAAUAA